AAUUUACUAGUAAGUUAUUCUGAGUGAAAAUUGUUCUAAAGUAAUCCUACACCGAUUUUUUUUUCUUCAGUGUAUACGCAUUUUAUUAUACGUCAACACUGAGUUUAACACAAUAUGCUGAUCACUGCUUUAAACCUGUUUAUACAUAAACACGACUCUGAUCCAGAAUUUGAAAUCUCUAAAACUAUACUCAGACAAACCACUAGAGGGUAUCAUUUGAUAUUAUCCAACCGAUGAUCUCGGUUCUCCUCAGAGCUAACAACCUGCUGUGCUGACUAGCAUCACACCUCUAAGGUAAAUCCUCUAAUUAUUCUAUGAAUUGUCUUCCCUCAGACUUCUCAGACUUAUUUCACUAUGCAAAUACUAAAUAAAUUCAGUAAGAUGCGAUUUAAGAUCAUUUAAAAAAGAAUCUUGAAUUAUAGAUGUAGCCUACAUCUUGCUGAUAAAAGUGUAUUCUGCUGAAUGGCUCAUCUGAGUGACGGUACAAUGCUUCACCAAUUCUUUGUUCAUGCAGCUUUUCAGACCAGCAGGGGGCUUCCAAGACAUCAAACGUUAAAAUGUCAGAUUGUUCUUUUCAUCUUUGUGGUGAUUUUCCUGGCACCACAGUUUUAUGUUUUGUCAAGGCCAAAAACGUCUCGUUAUUGUGAAAAGCCACUCUUAAACAAUCUCAUAGCCUUCAUUGUGUUUUCCUUCUUAGCAACAGGUUUGGCUGUAGCGCUUACACUCACGGACCCAGUUCCCAAGAGUAUCAGGGUAGCUUUUCACUCAUUUGGGCUUUUCACAUUUAUCCAGGGACUCUGUACAGUCAUUCUUACCCUGUCGGCACCUCAGUGUGCAAAAACCACCACAGAAUUAUACAUAUUUUCUUUGGUAGUCUCUUGGGCUUGCAUACUUUCAACAGCUUUCUUUCUGGUUAGAGGAGGUCUUUGCCUGAUCCACAUACUGUUUCCUCAUUGGUUAAGAGAUACGUGCCUCUGGGGUUGAAAAUAAGCCAUGGCUGCAGUAUGGCCUUCUACUGACACUCAAUACAGCUGGCCUGACAGUUUUUUGUCAAGGGCCUGAGCACUGUAAAGGUCGUGACCAAAGGGCUUCUCCAGUACCACCCUGAGCCAUGCGUCAGAUGGGGGAUGGCAGGUGUUGUUAAUCUUCUCUGCAAUGUCUGCAUACG